ACAUUUUAGACUAGAGUCUAGAAUCUAUAUUGUUCAAUUAUUUUUACAAAUUUUUGUUGCGAUGGACGCUUGGCUCAUAUUAAAACUCAAAAACUCUAAUUAGGAACAUUUUGAAAUUUCGUUAGUCCGUGUAUUGUUCAUCGAAUCUUUAUCUUACUUAGACUUAAGUCUUAACUUAAGUUGACUUAACUGACUUAGACUUAACAUAUAGAUCUAGAAAUUUCUAGAUCUACCACUUGCUGUAGAAAUCAUUAACAAAAUUUAUCAAGAUUUCAAUUGUUAUAUUCUAUAAUGAACGAAAAGUGGGAAAAGCCGAUAAAUUGUACUAUAAAACAUACAGUAACUUUAAGCCCAAGUAGUGGCAGAGCAACUGCAAGUCAAGGAAUUCCUUUUCACAGUGGAUGCAAAGCUAUUGAUGUAUAUUUUCCUAGUGUUAUCAACCCUGAGGCUUCAGAGGGUGGUGAAAUAAUUGGUGCAGUAGAGUUUCAGAAUGACUAUGCAGCAUUUAUUACAAUUAGAGUGAAAACAAAAGCAACAGAUCAGGCAACUAAACCAGCUUCAAGUGAUCAAGACUGGAAAACAGUUGUUAAUGCUUUUAAGCUAAUGCCUGAUUGUCAUGCAGAGAUGGGCUCUCAGGAUACAUUCUGCAUAACAAGAAAACAGUUUGCUUGUGAUCUUAACAAUGUUAUUUCUCUACGCUUCAUCCUACAACAACCAUCACCCAUGUGGAAGGAUUUUAAUAUACAUAAAAUAAAGUUAUUUAAGUCUUCAGGAAACAGGAAACAUUUUGCUUUACCUAACUGGCUUACAGAAAGUGGCAGUUCCAAGCCUAGAAGGAAAGAAUUAGAGCCAGGAAAUGACUUAAUGACAAAAACAGAAAUGCCCAAGGUGGUGGGAGUACCAGAUAUUGACAUUUUGUCAUCAAAUUUGCAACAGAUGUGGGCCUUGGCAGAAGAAGCAGCUGCCAAUCAGCCAGAACAAAGUAUAGGAAGAUAUGAGGUUGAUGGUUGCUAUGAUAUCAACUUAUUGGCGUACACAUGAAAGAUGAAAGUAAAAGCUCAGUCAGUCAUUACAAUGACCAUCUGGCACACAUUUGAUAGAAUCUUGGAAUCUGAACUGUAUUUUUGUUUUUACAUUUCCAUUAAAAAAAAAUGAUAUGUU